CGUCGCUCAGCCGCAGCUUGGCGAUUUGGCAGUGAAGAACCGACGAUCAUCAUGCUUCCUGAAGCUUGGUAUUUAAGACCACACGGGACGACCAAAUUCCUGGGAUUUGACCCCGCAUCUAACCUGCAUCCUCUGUCACUCAAGAAAUCAAGGCUUCCUAGACGCUGCGUUUUUUAAAAGCCCGAACCACAUCAGCAUCGACUGUUGCACGAAGACGCCAUUCCCCGCCAAGGCACCAUUAUCGUCCACACUUCGCCGGUAACUCAAAAUCAUCAGAUUCCUAGAAGAUGGCCUACCAACAAGUACUCGCUCCGGUCCAGCAGCCGAUCGGCAUCUGGAACCAGUUCCUCGCGCGCCAGACCGAGACGUUGGUCCUCAGGGAAAAAGUCAUGUCGCUGUCGGGCGACAGCUUCGACAUCACGCUGGCGAGCGGACAACCCCUCCUGCGCAUCCAGGGCAGCGUGAUGUCCUUCUCCGGGCGCAAGUCCGUUUACGACAUGAUGGGCAACCAUCUGUUUGACAUUGUCAAGGAGCACCUGCACAUCCAUACCACCUACGCCGCUGUCGAUCCGGCCGGGAGAAAGCUUCUCGAGGUCAAGAGCAGUUUUGCGCUCCUCGGCUCCAAGGCGACAGCAACCUUCACCAACUCCAUGACGCAUCAGCCGGAAUCGCUGAAGAUGAAGGGCAACUGGAUGGACUACUCCGCCGACAUCGUUGAUGAGAAGACAGGCGCCGUCGUCGGGCGCAUCAACCGCAAGCUUAGCGGCCGGGAUCUGCUCUUCGGCCAGCAGACGUACCAUUUAGUGGUGGCCCCGAAUGUGGACCUCGCGCUUAUGGCGGCCAUGUGCAUCUGCAUGGACGAGAAGAACAACGAGGGCGGCGGGCUGUUUUUCUAGGUGUUGAUUAGGGACCAAAGAUGGAUUUGUGCGUAAUAUGCUGGAAGUGUUUUGGCAGGAUACCCCCGAGAUUGGAUUUGGUUUCAAUACUUUUGGCUUUUACGAGGAUUUGUUAUGUCCUAGUUCGGCAGCAGAUCUACGGAAUAUUACUAGCAACUCCUAGUAUAUCAGUCAAGAUUUGUGGCUCGACUACGUGCUGUAAGCAGACCGCCAUCAGUCUAGCCCCCGAUUAUUCCAGUACUCCUCACUUUGCUCGAGGUCAAGUGAUUGCACCAGACAGGCAGAAUGUGUUCCGUCAGAUGGGAGCACCGGAGUACUGAUGGCAGAUGAUAGUACAGAGGCGAAAUACGACGAUCUGGUGACGUCGGGGCUUCACCAUUUCAAUCCGACUACCCAGUCGCCUAAACUAAGC